AUGUCGACAACUCAGACCAGCCAGAGACACGCAACGACGCGGAUAAAUCAUGCGAUGCAGACGCGCGGAUCAACAGCCAGCAUGUUGAAUCCGCAACUCAGGUUACGCUGUUUGCCCAACAAUCACGACGCUUUCAUCCGGAAACAAGUACAUGCCGGGCAGGAGAGGUUAAUGGCCGUACCAAGCACCUCCUUCUUCUCACCCCCAACCCCCCCCCAGUUCCGCGCCCGUGACCCCAAUCCCCAACAUUCGACCUCGCCUUUGACCCUCACCUUCGAUCCUUCGCCGCUAACCUCCUCAACUAACCUCCUCAAGGCCAUCCCCAAUAACCCUCCCGAACCACAUUUUCACCAAUCCCCAACAUUUCCCAUAAUCCCUAAAAAAUUCCCCCAAUCCCCAACGUUCCCCCAAUCCCCAACAGUUCCCCAAUCCCCAACAUUUCCCACAAUCCCCAACAUCCCCCCAAUCCCCAACAUCCCCCCAAUCCCCAACGUUCCCCAAUCCCCAAAAGUUCACCCAAUCCCCAACAUCCCCCUAAUCCCCAACAUCCCCCCAAUCCCCAACGUUCCCCAAUCCCCAACAGUUCCCCCAAUCCCCAACAUCCCCCCAAUCCCCAACAUCCCCCCAAUCCCCAACGUUCCCCAAUCCCCAACAUUCCCCAAUCCCCAAUGGUUUCCUCAAUCCCCAACAUCCCCCCAAUCCCCAACAGUUCCCCCAAUCCCCAACAUCCCCCCAAUCCCAACAUUUUUCUCCCAACCUCAACAUCCCCCCAAUCCCCAACAUCCCCCCAAUCCCCAACAUCCCCCAAUCCCCAACGUUCCCCAAUCCCCAACAGUUCCCCCAAUCCCCAACAUCCCCCAAUCCCCAACAUCCCCCCAAUCCCCAACAGUUCCCCAAAUCCCCAAUGGUUCCCUCAAUCCCCAACAUCCCCCCAAUCCCAACAUUUUUCUCCCAACCUCAACAUCCCCCCAAUCCCCAACAUCCCCCCAAUCCCCAACAGUUCCCCCAAUCCCCAACAGUUCCCCCAAUCCCCAACAUUUCCCCCAAACCCCAAUGGUUCCCCCAACCUCAACAUUUCCCCCAAUCCCCAACAUUUCCCCCAAUCCCCAACAUCCCCCAAUCCCCCAAAUUUCCCCCAAUCCCCAACAUUUCCCCCCCAACCUCAACAUCCCCCCAAUCCCCAACAUCCCCCCAAUCCCCAACAUUUUCCCCCAACCUCAACAUCCAUCUCCAACCCCCAAUCUCAGCCUAAAAUCCCCGACCUUGCACCCCUUCCCCUCUCCCAAGACGAAGGAAGAAGACGUCGUGUGCUUAUAA